UUACAGCUAAAGUACAGCGGUAUGCUUUGCUCAGAGACGUUAAGCAGGAGCUUCAUUUUGUGGUAUCAGAUAGUAUGGACAAGUCCGUCACAGUUGCGAUAGGUAUCGAAAAUAUGUCACGACAGAACUAUGAGAUCCUCUUACGAUCAGUGCCUUCAACCAACACGAGAGAUGACAUUCCAGCUGCCAUUCGUAGCUUGGAACGCAUUUGCGACCGAGCUAUACUAAGGCUAGAACGAGAAGCUCUGGAAGUGAUUUCUUUCCUCGAAGGACAAGGAAUUGACAAGAGUUCCGCGGAUCAUGGAUUUCAGCCUGGGUCUGCAUUCUCCGUGCGGCAGAUAGAACGGCUAGGUAUCACCCAGGUCCAAGAUGCAACGCAGGUGCACAAGAAGAUCCUUCUGAUGGGGUCCCCAGUAACACCCGAAAAGCUCAUAACGCCUGUUUCAGCGACGGUUGGAUCCGGAUCAAUCUUGAAGCGGAAUAGAAACGAUAUCUACUCCGUGUCACAGUCUCGCUCUGAACCGAGGCCUUCGACUGCUUCAAAGAAAGUGUGCUUCGAGGCUCCUGCUACUAUGCCUCCAGAACCUUGGGUGGUCAAAGGAUCAGAUCUUACAUCAUUGGAGCAGGCAAACUACAUAAUCCUUUUCCACGACCCGUCCGUAAUCGCUUACCCACCAGUAGUGCACAGUCGCAAAGACUGCUCACGACCUUCUUAUCGCUUCGGAUCGCUGUACGUGUUGAGAGCGCGGUAUCAAGGCGAGGUACGCACUAUUAUGCGGACGGCAGGUAACGAAGAUAUCCUUGAUUGCGCUAUUCCUGCCCAGGGAGAGAGCUCGUUGGUUGACUCCGACAAGAAUACCGUACGUCUGGUAUUCGAACACAAUGGUGAGCAAACACCUUGGACCUUUUCAGUUGGUAGUCUCCAAUCUGCCAUGGACCUGGUCUGGGUGUAUGAGCGACGUGGAUCAGCACUGUCGCGACUUUCGCAGGAACGACGAUUCAUUGCGGCGCCACUAUAAACCUCAAGCCCGUCUGUGUGCCACAGUCACAGCAUACCUUGGGGCUUCUACUUUUGAUAGCCUGCGCGUGUGUGUUUUCUAAUCACAGGAGGUCUGGACACGGUGUGAAGCAUCAUAGCAUGUCUCAAAUGAGUCAAAUCCGGUUGGGGAAUAAUAUUGCAUCACGGCAGACGUGUAAGUGGCUAAUCGAAUAUCAUACUCUCACCACACACACUUGGUCUUGUAGCAUGUACCGAGUCACUUUGACCGUAACGAGCACCUGCGCGACCUAGAAUAGAGCACCAGACGGAA